AUGGCGGAGCGCGCCGGCGGCGGCACCUCUCUGAGGGGGAUGCGCGAACGCAUGGUUGCGGCUGCUCACGCCAUAGCUGAAGAAAGACGGAAUCAAAGUAGUUUCAGCACUCAUCCAUCUCAAUCUGCAAAUAUAAGAUCAGCUUUCAAACCAGUAAUAGAUGGAUCCGUGCUUAAAAAUGAUGUGAAGCAGAGGUUGGCAAAGGAGCGAAGAGAGGAGACCAAAAGACAACAGGAAGCUACUAAGGAAACACAACUGCUUGAAAAAGAAAGAAAAUCACGGAUCCAAUAUGAAAAACAGAUGGAGGAGAAACAACGGAAACUGAAAGAACAAAAGGAGAAGGAUGAGCAGCGGAGAAUAUCUGCAGAAGAAAAAAGGAAACAAAAAUUACAGGAAGAAAGGGAGAGAUUCAAGGCUGUUCUCUGUCGGACAUUGGAACGGAGCAACCGUGUUGAUCAUCGUCAAAAAAGAUGGUCAUGGGAAGGCUCUACAGCUGUGAACCCAGAAACCAAAACCGCCAGUAAACGUUCUGUAUCGACUGAGAAACUUGAACAAGAGACAUCUGGUUUACAGAAACAAAUGUCUGUGUCAUCUGCAGGUCUUCAGAGUUCUGUUGCCAAGAAAAAAAUAGAAAAGAAGAGAAGCUCAUCCUUGACGAGAGGAUCUAACAAAUUGCAGGCACCUUCAGAAACUGUACAAGUAGAAGAAAAACCAACUGCUCGUCAGUCAUAUACCAGUCUUCGGGAGAAUAAUUUAAUCACUCGCCUGCUUGUCCCUACCAAAGCGUCAAUAGCCAGGAGCAAAAGUGCUGCUUCCUUGUCAGUUCCUGGCAGAGAUACUUCAGGUACCCACAAUGCCUUAAUCCAGUAUAUAAACAUGCCCUUGCGGAGCCACAGCAGUGAUGAACUGAAGAAUACCAUGGCGCUUCGCAAGGCAGCAGCGGCAGGGCCUCCCCAGGAGAAGGUGGAAGCACCCCCUGAUGUAAGUGUGGAGGCGGCCCCUCACGUGAAGGUGGAAGCAACCCCCGAGGUGAGCGUGGAAGCGGCCCCUGAGAUGAGCCUGGAAGCGGCCCCUGAGGUGAGCCUGGAUGCGGCCCCUGAGGCAACCGUGGAAGUGGCCCCCGAGGCGACCGUGGAAGUGGCCCCUGAAGGGAACACAGAAGCCACCCCCAAGGCGAGUGUGGACCCGUCGUCCCCCGAGGCGAGCGUGGACCCGUCGUCCCCCGAGGCGAGCGUGGACCCGUCGUCCCCCGAGGCGAGCGUGGACCCGUCGUCCCCCGAGGCGAGCGUGGAUCCAUCGUCCCCCGAGGCGUGCGUGGACCGGUCAUCCCCCGAGGCGAGCGUGGACCCGUCGUCCCCGGAGGUGAGCGUGGAUCCGUCCCCCGAGGUGAGCCUAGACUCAUCUCCUGAGGUGAGCAUGGAUGCAUCCCCUGAUGUGAGCAUGGAAGCGUCGUCUGAGGCCAGUGUGGAAGCAUCUCCCAAGGCUAGUGUGGGAGUGUCACCUGAGGCCAGUGUGGACACAUCGCCUGGGGCUAGUGUGAAAGCACUCCCCAAAGACAUUGUGGAAGCGUCCUCCAAGGCAUCCCCCAAGGUGGGCGCGGAAGCAUCUUCCAAGGUGAAAGUGAAAGACUCUCCACAGAAAUCAGAAAUGGACAAACAGGCUUCAAACCCUGCUACCAAGAAGCGCCCACCAUCGCAUAUACCGUGUUACAAAUGGCCGUCAUCUCCUGCAAGUGGGUGGCGUCCACCUUCUCCCAUCAGUAUUAACAGGCAAAUGCAGAAGAAUCGCCCGUCAUCACCAUCACCUGUCAUGUCAAAACAGUCCCAGUCUGCUCUUUCCUAUAAAGUAAUCCCUGUUCAGCGUAGCCUGUUGGCACAAAAUGCAUUGGGUAGUCUUGGAAAGAAAAGAGAAGGAGUGCCUAAAGCUGCUAGCAGCGCUGAGGCUGUGAGCCCAAAGCAGAUGGUCUGUGAGGAGUCUAGUAAUAAAAGCCCACCAGGGACUAUGAAUGCCAAGGAGGCAACAAAAAUUUUGGCAGAGAAGCGACGGCUUGCUCGUGAACAAAGAGAGAGAGAAGAAAGAAUACAAAAGGAAAGGGAGCAGAGGUGA